CAAAUGAAGAAAAUAUAAUAAUGUUAAAAUGAAUAUAUGAAAAGACUCAUGUACGUUAGUAAAACAAAUAAUAAUAAUAAUAAAUGCAAAAUAGUAACUAUUCCUUUAGAUAGACUUCUCAAGAACGUGAUAUUCCGAGUGCACUCGAUGAAAAGCGGAAAUAAUUAAAUCACGAAAUAUGGCCACAUCCAGCGACUCUGCAGAUGAAAAGUCGGGGAUGAAAACAAAUAUUUUGCAGCAAAUACAAAAAGUGUCAAAAGAUGACAUUUGUUUUAAAAUAUUGCCGUCUAUUGGAGGACUAAGUUACCAGCUUUUUUCUGCAAAUAUAAUGAAUCCAAGGAGUUUUAGAUGGAUGUUUGAUGACAGAGAUAUCGUGAUUGCCAACACUUUGUGGUUCAAUGCCCACAUUGGUAUCGGCCUCUACAUGUUUGGGCGUCCACAUCUUCAGAAGGCGUCAACCCAGAGGCGAAUACUGUACAGUGUGUUUGGGUCAUUUCUCUUCAACUUUGGUUCUGUUCUGUUUUGGGCCACAUGCAAGAGUUUGUUGAUACAAAAUCCUAAACUGAGGACACUCUUUGGAUUUGGAUCAGGAUUCGUUCUCUUGUACAUUGGAAGAGAGUAUCUGCAUUACAUAGACAAAUCACAGGCCCUUUUGUGAUAUUAAUGCACAUUUUCAGCUAGUCGAAUUACUUUUUAAGUAGGUCGCUUCUACUUUUGAUUGGAUCCGGAAUAUUUUUUUGUGAUAACUAAUCCAUGUAUAUAGUAAUUAAUUUGGUGUCAAGAAGUUUGCCUAUUGACUAGGUAUUAUGUGUUCAUGCAUUUAUUAUUAGUCCCCUAACUGUGUGUAUGUUUUGUUUGUCUUUCUGUCCCACAUACACCAGACUUUUUUUUACAAGAUAUUGAGCAGUAACUUUGUGUAUACACAGCAUUAUCCUGUAGAGUUACAUAUCAAGUUUAACUUUCAUAGAGAUUUGCCAAAUUGUGGGUUACGGCCCUUGAACUUAGGAGAUAAGAAAAUUGAUUUGUAUUGCUUCAGCAGUGCUCUUCUAAUGCCUGAUCAGUUUGUCUUAUUUACUGUGCCAAAUAAAUUUAUUGGCAGUGCAUGUGUAUUAUUAAAGAAAGAGAGGAAUGUAUUAACAAAUCUAUUUACAGUAUUAUAUAAAACCAACUUUGAUAAAUAUUUUUGGUUGUUAUACAACUUUGAGACUGCCCAAUUAAUAUUAAAUUUGGAUUCAUUUUUCCUAUAGUUCUGUAUUGGAAGAGAGCAUUUAGAUUAUAUAUUAUAUAUACAGAUCACAAGCCUUUUUGGCAUAUUAAUACAUAUAUAUUGAGCUAGUCAAGUUACUUUAGGUGUGCUUUUGAUUUGAUUGGUUGUAUUUUCAGUGACUAAUAACAUAUAUAGUCGGAUAUAGUAGCCAAGGAAAUAUGUUGCAUAAGAUGCACAAGUUGUGUUUUUGUUUUUGUUUUUAGUUUUACAAAAAUACUGAUAAAACCAUAUACUAAUGGAAAAAAAAAAUAAGGGAACGUGUGGUAUCGGAGGUCAAAUUUAAUUCUAUGCCGAGUAGUAACGCCUGUUGCCUGGACCAGCUACUGACCAUGCCAGAGUCGGGCUGGGGGGGGGGGGGGGGGGGGGGGGGGGGGGGGGGGGCGGGGGGGAUAUGCCUGAACCUUGAAAGGAUGCAGGCAUGUAAAAACUGUUUCGAUUUCGAGUUAUGCCUGUAUAAAAUACAAAGAUGUGGUUUGGGACUGAAUGUCUGUAAUGUGGGAUUCCCUUCCUGUAACAGUUAACUUCCUGAUACUGUGGAUGACAGUUUUGGUUGCCGUCAAUGUUUGAUAUUCUAUUUAUGCGUUUCCUCAUUUCUUUCCAUCAGUAUAUAUGCACUGCUCAAACACACAUCCCACAUUUUUUCUGGAUACACUAUUGGAUUUUAAAAUGAAUAUUCACUACUUUGGACUAGAAAGGCAUAUGCGUCGUCAGCACAUUUUAAAUCACUGCUAUUUGGUGGCCAAUGUAGUUAUUUAGCUGCUGACACAUACCCUAUCUCUGCAGAAUAGGAACUUCCAAUAGACAGGACAACACAUAAAGCCUUUGAUGUACCAGUCAUAGGACACCGAUUGGGACAGACCCCCUCCCCACCCCCACCCCCACCCCCCCAUGUCUAUCAGUAUUAAGGCUAAUCAAUCCAUCAACACUUCAGGUAAAAAUGGGGGCAGGAUUUAGCCAAGUUGGCAGAACACUUGUAUGGGGUGCUUUGGUCAUCUGGAACUCUCUCCGAUUGGCUUUUUCUUCAUCCCUAGUGUAUCAAAAUCCAUGGUAUGUGUUGUCCUGUCCGUGGGAACAUGACUAUAAAUGAUCCCUUGUUGUAAUGGGAAAAUGUUGGUUUUCUCUAAAGAAUCUUUGACAGUUAUUAAUAAAUCGAUGUAUUCUAGUGGUGUAUUAAACAAAACAAACUUUCAGUUUGCUACUUGUCCAUCGAUCUACUUUCCACUAUAUGUACUUCAUAAAACGUAAACUAUGGCUAUUUGAUUUCUAACAUAUGGUUAUUUUAACAUUUGUGACUGAAAAGAAGAAAUGUUUUAUUGAACGAUGCACUCAACACAUCUUUAUAUACAGUUAUAUAGGUAAAGACCACUUCGUGAGCUACAAAAAUGUACAUCUACUCUCUUUAAUUAGCAUACCAUAGACGGGAUAGUAUAUACCAGCCUUUGUUAUACCAGUUGUGGAGCACUGGCUGGAAUGAGAAAUACCACUGGUCUACAUCCUGCUAUAGAAUGAAAGAAAAUCUGUUGAUGCCAUGUACAUGACAGUACAUACCAGUCCAGGUCCUAUACCCCAUCAUCUUUGGAUGUUUGCUCUACUAUUAAGGUUCAUCUUUUACAUAACUUAGGAUUGUAGAUGCCACUAGCUGCAAUAAAUAUGGUUGUUGACAUUUUAAAUAUUUAAUAAUAUUUAUUAUCCAGUUUAUGUCUUGGUAUUGUUUGGAGAAUUGAUGUGAGGGGCAUUAUUGACCAGUGAAAAAUACUGGUAUAAAAGGUUUAACUAUGAAAAUAAAAGUUUAAAGUGGCAUUAUGUCAGAUAUUGGGUUUGUUCACAAGUAUGUGUUUGAUUUAUAAUUGUACAAAUAACCAUUUUCAUUAGUAUCGAAGUCUGCACACAAUUAGUUCACUCAUCUAUUCUUGAUCUCUAUUGAGGCAUAUUUUUCUUUGGGAAUGUUUUAAUAUUUCAUAAAAAUUAUUUUUAAUUUGAUUUUGAAUAAUUAUUGUCUUUGUUGUGGUUAUUGAGCACUUGAGUAUAGUUGUUUUAUGAUAGUAAAAUGUUUUGAAAUGUUGAAAAUAAUUAAACAAAGAUUAUUAAC